CUCAGUGUACCUCUGUCUUUUGCCACAGACAUGAAGCUCUCAUUCCCUCUCGUAGCCAUUGGACUGGAGGUUUCCAUGAUUGUUUUAUUUGGAUUCUUUGUCAAGUAUGAUACAGAGCAGAAUGCUGUCCAGCAGCAGUACAGCACCAACGCAACAAAAGCAGACAAAUUCCUUGAGUUGCAUCCUCUAUUCCAAGAUGUGCAUGUAAUGAUACUUGUUGGGUUUGGCUUCCUCAUGACCUUCCUGAAAAAAUAUGGCUUUAGUAGUGUGGGCAUCAAUCUACUCAUUGCUGCUUUGGGCCUCCAAUGGGGCACUUUCAUUCAGGGGAUCGUGCACAACAAAGGACAGACAAUUUACAUCGGAAUCAAAAACAUAAUAAAUGCAGACUUCAGUACAGCCACAGUCUUAAUUUCUUUUGGAGCUGUCCUGGGAAAAAUAAGCCCAGUCCAAAUGCUGAUCAUGACAAUACUAGAAAUCGCUGUCUUUGCUGGCAAUGAAUAUGUGGUUGGUGAGAUAUUUCAGGCUUCUGACAUUGGAGCAUCAAUGACAAUCCAUGCUUUUGGGGCCUACUUUGGCUUGGCGGUAGCAGGUGUCCUAUAUCAGUCAGGCUUGAGAAGGCAGAAUGAGAAGGAGGAGUCUGUGUACCACUCAGAUUUGUUUGCAAUGAUUGGGACUCUUUUCCUUUGGAUCUUUUGGCCCAGUUUUAAUUCAGCCAUCGCUGAAACUACAGAGCAACAGUACGUGGCCAUCGUAAAUACCUACUUCUCUCUUGUUGCCUGCGUGCUCACAGCCUAUGCGUUUUCCAGCCUCGUGGGGAAGAGAGGCAGGCUCGAUAUGGUUCACAUUCAGAAUGCAACCCUGGCUGGAGGAGUUGCUGUGGGCACAUGUGCAGACAUGAAGAUUCACCCAUAUGGUGCUAUGAUCAUUGGGAGCAUUGCAGGAAUUGUCUCCGUGCUUGGUUUUAAGUUUCUGACUCCAUGUCUUACUGAUAAACUGAGGAUCCAUGACACAUGCGGUGUUCAUAACCUGCAUGGCUUACCCGGUGUGAUAGGAGGCCUCGCAAGCAUUGUGGCGAUAGUCCUGGGAGCAUCUAAGGCGUCUACCAUGUUGAUGCAGGCAGCUGCUCUAGGUUCUUCCCUUGGAACAGCAAUUGUUGGAGGGCUGAUCACAGGUUUAAUUCUCAGGUUCAUUGUCUGUGUCCAGCCAUCUAUGGAAUUCUUCUUUGAUGAUUCUGCAUAUUGGGAGGUCCCCAAGAGGGAAGAAGGUGACAAUGAAUGAACAUGAUGGCCACAACCAGCCAGAACCUAAAGACUAAAUAUCAUUCCUCUGCCUCAGUUUCCUUUCCCAAUUUCUAGAAUCAUAUUUAAAAAUUUUUUAAAAGUCAGCAUCCAACAAGAACAACAAAAUGAAUAGAUCUUGAGCCCCAGAUGUCCAGUGUAUAAAAUCUUAACACGAUCUGGUGUUGUUUCUUGACACUCAGUGAUUGCUUGGUCGAAGGAAUAUGGCUUGUAAAACAGAUGGUCAAAUAGAUUCUCUUUAGGAUUCCCUGAUCAUUCUUGCCAGUGAGUGGGUACAGGGUGAACACUCCAUGAAUAUUCCUGUAUUUUUUUUCCCCAUAGAGGUAAAUUUACAAAGAAAUCAACACAUCUGAUUAUGUCACUUUCUUAUUAUACAUACUAUGUCUUCAAUCCCAAAGGUAUAAAAUUAAAGCCAAUAAAACAAUAUGUAAGAAAUCUAUAUAGGAAGUAUAAAGGAA